AUGGCGAACGUGCAAGGCAUCACGAAGGACAAGCCACCAGCGACAUCCCCUAGCGACACCAAGACUCCCGACGCGUUGUCCUUGUCGACGGAGGCAAAAAUGGAAGUCAAUGAUGUCUUCUUCCGUAUCGAGCGCAACAGCAAGGGAGGCACUCGCCGCAGAGCAGCCACCGCCCAUGGACCGCCAGAUUCUAUGGAAAAUGGACGCUUUCACAAGAAUCCUCAAGGUUCAGUCGGAGGCCAAAGCAUGGUCGUAGGACCAGCUCUGGACCAAGAUAGAGCCGUACAGAUUGCGCGCACAACCUUCCCAGAAUCUCCUCCGUGGACUCCUCCCGAAACAACUCAAUCAGAAUUGGGUGUCAGUCAGGCUGGUGUACGGCGAAGACUCCUGUCCCACCGAGUGCCCUACAAGGUUCCUCCGACGGCGCGAGAUCUUCAAGCUAGACCUGAGCUCUCAUACAAGAUUGAAAUCGCCGACAGCAGGUCCUACACGACAAACCCGAAUCAGUAUUACCGCCUCACCGCCACCUACGCGCAAUUUGACAAGAAACUCGUCGUAUCAUCCAGGCCCAAAAGACUCCAGAAACGCUACUUGCCUCUCAACAGUGGCUCGCUGCGCCUUUAG